AUGUCUGUCCCAGGUCAAACCGCAGGUCUCUCAAGCGGGCAUCACAGAACAGGCAAUCCACACCCAGAAUUAGGUCAACAACCUCCCCACGACUCCUCUUCUUCAAAUUCACAGUCUUCUCGCAACAACAACGGAUCUCUGGCGAUAAAUAUGAACCAUUUGGGCUCGCACCAUGGCGGGAGUAACCCCAACGGCACGUCUUCAGCAGCGACGAGUCCAAUGUUCCCCCCGUCGUCGCCUAUGCAGCCUUCGAGUCCCAAUACCCAGUUGACAAUGCAGUUGUUGGGCAAUUUGAUGCAGAUGCAGGGGCUGGAUGGGGGGUUCGCAUUGCCAUCUUCGGCUGUCCCCAUCAACUCCAAUUCGAGUGGUGCAUCGGAUAGCGGUUCGAAUACGUAUGGAAUCAUGUCCCCGUUCGAUAUGCAACAGCAGCAGCAGCAGCAGCAGCAGUCGUCCACCAACAACCCCAACCCCUCGUCGCAAAACAUGCUCUCGUCCCCAACGACGUUCAUGGGAGCGGGUCAAAACCUGCCUCAAAGCAUCCUGGAACAGCAGAUCAAACUUCAGCAGUUGCAACAGCUGCAGCAACUGCAGAACCAGAUCUUCCAGCAGCAGAUGGCCCUCAUCAGCUCAUCCCCCAUUCUCUCGAAAACGGCGCCUCUGGACGUGAACCAGCAAUUCCAAUCCAACUCCUCAGAUCAGAGUCAGAAUGGGAACUACCUUCCGACACCAGGUCCUUCCACGGAGCUGAGGCCACAACAGCAGUCUAUGGAGUUCGUCUCCCCGAUGAUUUUGAACAACAGUUACAUGGAAUCCGAGUCCCCUAAUAAUACCCACAACCCUAAUCAGCGACAGCAGCACUCGCAUUCGCAAUCCCAUACUCCAUCACCGAUGAUCACCUCUACCUACCAUCCUCAUGACGAUGCCUUUUCGCAACCUCUUCCCCCACCGAUGGCUCCCCAGGCCAGUAUGGAUUACUCCCAAUCUCAUUCCAAUCUGCAUAGAGGGAUUGCGUCAGCCCCGGAACACUUGGCUUUCGACAUUCGCUCGGGGCGAGAGUUUGACUUGGACGUGUCGCCGCUAACGAGUCCAUGGCUUGGUGCCUAUGGCGCCACGCCAUCCAACAUGCGUAUGUCUUCACAUCGGAUGGACACGCGCGGUAUGGGUACCAAUGAGAGGGCAUCGAAUGGGAACAAGAGAGCGGCAUCGCCCCACAAUGACGAAUACUCUUCGCGGAAGAAGCACAGUCCUGCUAUCGGGCCGACCUUGGCCAAUGCGGGGAUGUUGCCUCCCCCUUCGGGUUCGUCGUCGAGGAGACAAUCCGCGCAUAGGACGUCCAAGUCCACGACGUCGACGCCGUUGCUGAGAGGAUCGAGGAAUCGAAGCAAGAGUGGCAUCUCCGGUGCCCCACCGACCAUGACCCCAUUGACUGCUGCCUACGACUCGACGCCGAAUGCUGGAGGUGACGCUGGGAUGGGACAGCAUCAACAUACGUUUAGUGUUUCCGGUACACCCCAUGGUGGUUCCGGGAGCCUGGGCGGGAUGCCUGAGGAUAGUCCUUCCCCUGUCGACCUGUCCCAGAUCAACCCUUCACCCCCGAAUACGGACACCAAUCAGUCCAUGGCUUCUUCAGAUAUGGGAGGGUCAUCGAUAGACAUCUUUGCUCCCGCUCCUGGAACACGCUUGACGCCAGUCACACCUGCGAGCAUCAUGAACCUGGGUCGGCUAGCUGGAGAUCCUAACCCUAAACCUGCGCCCGAUGCCAAUUUCCCACCCGGUCAAAAGAAAACAUCGCACAAAGCUGCAGAACAGAAACGACGUGAUUCGCUCAAGACGACGUUUGACGAUCUGCGGAAAUUGUUGCCACCUAUCGCGUUUGAGGAUACGAUUGAGGAGGAGGGUGGUGGCGGAUCGGCUACAGGGAGAUCGAAGGAUAAAGUGUUGCCUGUUCGUGGCCCUCUCCUUCCGGGUGCUUUGCCUCCCCGUGGACCACCUAAAGCGGGCGGUGAUGGUCCAAACAAGGGAGUGAGCAAGCUUCAGCUGUUGAUCUGCGGUAACCAGUAUAUCCGGACGCUGAAGGGCCGCGUGGAUAGGCGAGACGAGGAAAUUGUGAAGCUGAGACGGGAGGUGUUGAGGUUGAGAAGCAAGGUUGGGGUGUUGGAGGGUCGGUUGAAGGAAGGAGGGGGAGCGGGGAUGGAGCUUGAUCUGGGAGAUAUGGAUGAGCCUCCAGAGGACCUGGAUCUGGAGAGGGAUUUGGAUGAGAUUGAAGGCAUGUCGGUCAGGAUAGAGCGUGUGCCUGGAGGUGCUGCGGGGGAUGAAGAGGAGGAUGAAGAUGCUUGA